GUGCCCCCGGCCCCUCCAUGCUCCCCUUGCCAGGGUAUAAAAGGUGGGCAGUGGGCUGAGGGGGCAGCACGAGCCAGCCAACUCCUCACGGCACAGCUGUACCCAAGCAGACACUCUCGAACCCCAUCGCCAUGUCUCAGACCGCCAAGACCGCCACCAACCAGGGUGCCGACGCCAAGGACAAGGGCACCCCCGCCCCCGCCGCCACCAGCAAGGCCACCAAGACCGGAGACCCCUUCAUGGGAAACUACAGAAUCAUGCUGUUCGACCAGGAGAACUUCCAGGGCAGGAUGAUGGAGGUCCAGAAUGAGUGCAUGAACGUGUGUGACCGUGGUAUGGACAGAGUCCGCAGUAUCAUUGUGGAGUGCGGCCCCUUCGUUUGCUUUGAGCAGACUAAUUUCCGUGGGGAGAUGUUCAUCCUGGAGAAGGGAGAGUAUCCUCGCUGGGAUACCUGGUCCAACAGCUACCGUAGCGACUGCCUCAUGUCCCUCAGGCCCAUCCGCAUGGACCCCAUGGAGCACAAGAUCUGCCUUUAUGAGCUCUGCGACUUCCAGGGCAACAAGAUGGAGAUCCAGGAGGACGACGUGCCCACCCUGUGGGCGCACGGUUUCUGCGACAGAGUGGGCAGCGUGAGGGUGCCCGGCGGAGCUUGGGUGGGAUACCAGUACCCCGGAUACAGAGGAUAUCAGUACCUGUUUGAGUGCGGGGAUUACAGACACUACAACGAGUUUUGCGCCUUCCAGCCUCAGAUCCAGUCCAUGCGCCGCGUCCGCGACAUGCAGUUCCACCAGCACGGCUGCUUCAACCUCACCGCCGCCAAGCAGUGAAGACCUCCCCCGGCCCGCGGCUCCGACCAAGCCUGGCGCUUUUUACCCCCCCCCCAUCCCCCCCCCCUCCGACCCCCCCUCCCUCACUAUAGAGUAAUAUAAACUGUACCGGACAUCUCACUCUCUUUUUAUGAUGCCAAUAAUAAACAUGUUUUGGAAAAUUGA